UUACAUUAGGCUUAGGUAUAGAUCUAAAAGGGAUUAGCAUCAUAUGCCGUUGAUUCUAUAAAUAAAUAGUUCUUGCAAGGACAACAAAUUCAGUCAACAUUAAGAAUUAGUUAGUCAUAGCGAAAUGUUUACCAAAAAGAAGCCGGAACGACCAAAACGAAAUCACCAAGGCAAAAACCUAGCGCAGUAUGGUUUAUUUGAUAUACCUCAAGAUUUUAAUGCAAUUGGUAAGGAUCAGGAUGCGGAGGAUGGCAGUGAUAGUGACUUAGAAGCAGAAUUGGCUGCGUUAAGUGGUUCCACUGGAUUAAAUAAACCUAAGAAAGGCUUGAAACAACCUCUACCCCAAAGAGAAUUAGAUUCAAUAAUCGCUAACACUUUAAAAGAUAUUCCAUCAGAUGAUGAAGAUAUUGAAGUCGACGAAAAUGAUCCUGACUUGCUUAGUGAAUUGCGUGAAAUUGCGGGUGAAGAUGAGGAAAAAUCAAUUUUAGAAUCUCUAUUGCCCUCAGCAAUUUCUUCUGAUUCAUCUUCAAAUUCUAUUGCCAUUUUAUCUGAGCGUUUAAAAAAUUAUCAAAUUGCUGAAUCUAAUGCCCGGGCUGCUGGUGAAUCUAGCAAAGCUAGACGAUAUGGCCGUGCCAUCAAAACCUUGGAUGAUUUGAUAAAACAGGCUAGUGCGGGAAAGAGCAUAAAUUUGGAAGAUGAGUCAGUGCCACCAGAAAUACAUGUAACUUCGAAUCCACCAACCAAUAAUGGUACAGUUGAUGCUAAAGUGCUUGUUCCAAUAAGACCGGCACCAACAGUGCCAGCUACUGAACCUCAACAGCAAGCGCCGAUCUUACCAGAUGCAGUGCAGAAGAAUGUAGAAGAAGUGAAAAAAGACAUCGAUCAGGAAAUGUUGAAUAUGCUUUUAGAGAGACAAAAGGAAUACAAGUUAGCUGCGUUACAUGCCAAGAAAAGUGGGAAUACGGAAACUGCCAUAAGUUUUAUUAAAGUAUCAAAACAGUUCGAUCAUGUCAUUGAAGCUGUUAAAAAUGGUCAGCCAGUAGACUUGUCAGAUAUGCCGACAUCACCUGCUGAGGCCGAAUCUUCAAAGGUACAAACUGAACAUAAUGAAAUUCAGAAGCAGUCUAAUCCCAAAAAUCUGGUCUCCCAAAUCGAGGCAAAUAUGCCUGAGGAGCAACUCAUUACAGCUCCAACUGCAGAAGAAGCACUGCAGCAAAGGCUACAAGUGUAUAAAGACCAUGAAACCAAAGCAAAGGAUGAAGGAAACAGCAGUAAAGCUAGGCGUUAUGGUCGAAUUGUGAAGCAGUAUGAACAGGCAAUUAAAGCUUACAAAGCCGGAAAACCCAUUGCUUAUGAUGAACUGCCAACUCCUCCUGGUUAUGGGCCAAUUCCGGGUCAACCUACUGCUGCUCCCGAGCCAAUGGCAAGCCCAUCCAGUCAGAGCAGUGAAAAAGAAACUGAUGAAGUUUCCCCUACCCAACCUUUAAAACCAAGUCCUUCCUCUAGAAUAUCAGGUAACAAAGUCUCUACUUCACAUCAAGAAAAGCAAAUACUGAUUCUGCAAGCGAAGCAGAAACAGUUUAAAGCGGCAGCCUUAAAUGCCAAGAAAAAAGGAGAGAUUGUACAAGCGAAAGAAUUUCUAAGGCAAGCAAAGGGUUUUGAUAAACUAAUAGAAGCAGCUCAAGCUGGGUUGCCCGUCGAUUGGUCUUCAAUCCCUGUAUCUCCGGAAGCUAAAUCUCAAUUAGAUAAUGAAUAUGAUAUUGUAAUGUCCGAGGAAUGCACUGAAGAUGAUAAUAGUGAUAGUGAUGUGCUUUCCCGGUUGGAAAUUCAACUUACUAAGCAACUGAAAAUGUGCCUUAGUACCAGAGAUCACCACAAAGCUCUAGGAGAUGUUGCGGGAACAAAUAGGUUCGAGAGACUCGCGUUAAAUGUGACAAAAGAUUUAGAUACUAUCCGUCUUGCGAAAAAAACGGCCAGCGGCAUUCCAAAAUUUCAUUACGAAAUGAAAAAUUUCUCCAUUGUCAAAAGUUUUACCGAUUUAACAGACAAUGAUUUAGAGCUUGUCAUUAUGAGGGGAAUCAAUUAUACAUCCUCAAACCCCAAAGAAAUUGAUACCUAUGUUAAAUUUGACUUUCCGUUUCCCCAGGAUACCCCUUUUAGUGAUCGAACUUCAACAAUCAGAGAUACGAAUAAUCCCGAGUACAACCAAACUUUUGUGAUUCCAAUACAAAGAAACUCUAGACAGUGUCAAAGAGUGUUCAAGAGGCACGGAAUUAAGUUUGAAGUUUACGCAAAAGGCUGCGACUGCUACUGUUGCGCUAGCGACUUCUUCUCCUGUUUCAGUGGUUGGUUUAAGGGUGAUUCUUUGAUUGGCACUGUCAACCUCAAGCUUCAACCUUUGGAAACCCAAUGCGAGAUACAUGAUAGUUUUGAUUUAUUAGAGGGCAGAAAAAAAGUAGGCGGGAAAUUAGAAGUGCGUCUUCGUAUCAGGCAUCCUAUUGUUACUCAGCAAGUAGAACAGAUUAAUGAGAAGUGGUUGAUUGUUGAUCAAUAGGAAAGCAGAUCUUUAUUUUAUAUACAUUGUACUCGUAAGGUAUUGGUUUUUGUACAUUUGAAAAUUACUAUAAAAAUGCAUUAAUAUUACUAUUAUUGUAUCAUACACCGAUUCUUAUAAUUCCUACAAACGUAUUUUUACUUAAUUUUCAAUUCUUGUUGAUUGUGCCUUUAAAAUUAUCUGAAUAAAUUAUUGU